AAGAAUAAUAAUAAGCAGAAGAUAUAUGAGUAACAUGCCAUGAGAACAACAGACCAAUCAGAAGAAGGAACGCGGGUAAGCCAUGCUAUAAAAGCGCGCGCAUUUCGGCGCUGCGAUUAUUCUUACAACGGACGCGGAACGGAUAACAUCGGCAAGCAGCAGCAGUGGAAGCAGCAAUUACCAAGGCGAUAAUUGAAGCAGUGGCAAACAGUAGCAACGGUCUACUUUUAGUGGCAGCAGUUACCAUCACAAGCGGAUCGUUUCGGGUACGCUCUCUCUGGCAGAGGAGCGGGUACGCGCGCUUGCUUGGCAUCGAAAAAAGUGGAAGUGGCUUGUUGAGAUUUCCCCACGACAGCAAGAACGGAUUUCGAGGCGAGCAUUAAAAGCUGAGCGGCUAACAAUCCGACUGUGCCUCAUAUCGAUCUCUAGUGUCAACGACAACAGCAGCGGUAUCGACACCUAGCAUCAACAACCUGUGUCUCGCUGUGUCUCGCAUCGGAUUACUAGUGGCAGUAGCAAACAUAACGAGCGGAGCGUUUCGGACACGUUCUCUCUCUCUUUCUCUCUCUACUAAAAGAGUAAAAAAAGAAAAGUUUUCUUGGAAUCCUAUUUACGUUGGGCAUCAAUUAAAGAGUUAUAGAAAAGUUCAACGUCAGUGCCCAACAACCACCAGUUGAUCGUAAUGGACGAUCAUCCUGGCAGUCGCGACAAUGGCGCAAAAUUGGAUGGACCUUUAGCUCCCGUGAAAAAACCCUCAAAAAAGAGAAUAUUGAAGGAAUUGAGAAAGGCUCUCGACAUGAACAAUGAUCUUCAGGAACAAGUAGCAAAUCUCACAGCAGAAAGAGAUACAUGCAUCGGUAAAGAUUUCCAUCAAGCUUCGUCCAACACGAUCCGUGAAGACUCUUUGUUUUCCACAAUCAAUAACUGGACGUUAGGCUCCCUUAACAUACCGGAAUGCUCACCAUCGGAUGGCGAGACAGAAAUUGACAAACGUGCAUUCGAGUAUUGGAAGGACAUACUCGUUUCAUCACUGCAGCUAAUUAACGCUGCUGACGAACAGACGAAAUUCGGAAUAUUUAAGAUUAAGUCUGGACCGAAGCUUCGUGAAAUAUUUCAUACAACAUCGUCCGCUCCAGGAAUGCCCGAUGAAAAAACUGCUCCAUUCGCAAAUGCAUUGGCCCGAUUGGAUGAGUACUACGGAUCCAGAACGUACAUGUUGUCACAGCGUGGAAGACUGAUGAUGAUGAGUCAAGGCAGCUCGGAAAACAGUAUCACGUUUGUUCAACGUGUGGCUUCUGCGGCAAAAUUGUGCAACUAUGGGCCGGACGAGGAAAUGGAGGCCGUAGUCAGAGUUGUUACAAAAGGUGCCAGUGACGGAAGAAUAAGAGUUUUAGCUCACCGGAAUUGGGUGAAGCAAGGUACGAUAAAGGAUCUGAUAGAUUUGGUACGAGAUCGAGAAAUCGAAAAAAGUAACGAAGAGGAAUUCCAAAGGAUUCAUGGACGAGGAGAACCAUUGGUAGCGGCUGUAUCCAAUGGAUCAAACGAAUUUUCAAACCAUCGAGGAACAUACCAUGGAAGAGGCAGAGGAUUUGCACGACCGAACCGUGGAAGAGGAGGAAGAGGAUCGUUCAGAGGAAACCAGCGUCGCGAUUUUUCUUCCAAUUGCUGGAGAUGUGGAAGCGUAUAUCACCGAGCAUCGAAUUGUUUCGCCAUCGACCGAGAGUGUCGUGUUUGUAGCCAGAUGGGCCAUAUUGCGCGCGUUUGUCCAUCAAACACUCUGCAAGAUCAACGGCGGUUCUUGAAACGACAAGCUGAUCAAGAGCCCCCAGUAGACAGAAAGGUGGCAGCUAUCGAGUGUGAGAAGUCCGAAACAGAAUUGAACACAAAGGUACGGGAAGUUGAAGAUAUUGAAUAAUUUUCCGAUCCAAUACUUGAAUUUUGUA